CGCGAACACAAGGCUUAUAUGCCGUAUUACCUGCAUGUAAAUCUAAGCGGAUGGGCUACAUUGAGUUUGCAGUUUUUGUAUACGGCCUGACAUGCAUAGUUUGCGCAUAUGGAAACAAAGAAUGGAAACCCGCCGGAUGCCAACUGCCUGCAGUGACGGGGCCAUGCAAAGCUAGCAUUAAGGCCUGGCAUUACAACUCAAAAGGAAAGUGCGAGGCUUUCGUCUACGGAGGAUGCGAAGGUAACAGCAACAAUUUUGAGACGAAGAAAAUGUGUGAGCGACGAUGCGGUUGGAGAUACAGUCGCAAAAGAGAUAUAUGCUUGUUACCGCCACAAAAAGAGAAGCAUUGUGGCAAUAAAAGUGUGGAAGCCACGAGGUGGUAUUUCGACGAAAACAAAAGUAAAUGCAAACAACGCAUUUUUCAAACUUGUCAAAAAGACCCAAAAGGUUUUGCAACUUGUUCCGAAUGUGUGACAACGUGUAAGCACCAUAUGAAAACCCUGCAAGCUUGCCAAGAGGUGGGGAAUCCCAAAUAAGAUGUUUUACAACUUCAAAGUGCCGUAAAUGUACGAGCUAUACAUGCCAAUAAAAUUGA